AUCAAAGCUGUCACUGAUUAUAUUUCCUCUCUUUUUCCUACACCCCUUGAUUGACGUGUAAAUGAAAUAAAAUACGUUAUUGUUUAAAACGUACAUGGCUCCAUCGACCGUAAGCGUCGGGCUCAAAGAUGGUCGCCUGCAUGGAGUUUAUGGAUGACAUUUUAAGACGAGAUAAUGUUUCAGCCAUGAUUAGGAAAUUUGAGUACCCGUCUUUGUGUGAUAGCUGAAAUAAAUUGAUUCUGUGUUUACCUUGGCAAAUAUUUAAAACAUGCACAGCUUAAAACAGCCACCACAAUCGUUUUUGUGAAAUUACCUUAAUGGGAAUCGCAGUGUAGCGUGAAUGGGAAGGCUUCUAUAUCGUAUGUGCGUGUGAGUGAUGUGGAGACAGUUUACAGCUCGCAAGACAGGGAAAACUAUCUGUUAUGUGAAACGUUGCUGAAGGAUAUAUAACAACAGGGGCAUGAGAAACAAUUCCUAUUUCCGGAAGCAUGAAGUAGACCUGUAUAAUGGCAAAUGAGGAAAACACUGCAGCAGCUGGUUGGAGUAGUUUCACAAUGAGCCCUCUUCUCUGCAUUUUGUCCAUGGGGCUAGGUUGUUUGUCGACUCUUUUCCAAACCAUAGCUUUUAGCACACAUGCCUGGUUUGUUAUGACGGAGUUCAUGACAGACAAUGAUACAGGACAAAUCCAAAGUGUUGAGAUCUACACAGGACUAUGGUACACUGUAAAGUGUCAGAACGGUGCUUGCAAAUCUACAACACAUCUAAACGGAUUCAUGGACGAUUUAGACGCGGGCAGACACUAUAAAGAAAUACAGUAUUCUUUACGUGUAUGGUCGCAAACAUUAUCAACACUAGCUCUCAUCUCCUCAGUAGUGUCUGCAGUUUCCUGUAUCCCAGUCCUCUGCAAAAGUAGACGAGUUAUGCGCAUCCAUCUAGUGAUAGUAGUUUGUUCAAUUAUUUCAUUUUGUCUGUUAAUGGCAGUUGUUUUCAACUGGACAUCGGAAGUAUCUGCAAAUGCAAAACUGAAAUUAGAUCCAAAUAGAACAUUUUCCUUUCCAUGGUCGCUUCUUCUUGCCGGCUUGGGUGGAUGUGGUAACCUGACGCUGGGUAUAAUUCAUUUCGUGCUCCUAUUCCGUUCUCUGGAGCCGUCAGUUUCUGUGCGCAAUGACACCUUUCAACCAAACGCUUACAUACAGCUGACUACUCAGACAUCAGUGACGUCACAAAUUACAAAUGGGUCUGUGAGACAUGGCUCACAUAACGGAAACCAUUUAACAAUUGAAAAAGAAAUAGCUGAAGAGAAUUUCGAGGAAAAUUUAGAAGAGAAUGAACAGGCUGUCCAAUUGAUGGAGAACCAGCUUGACUUGAAAGUAGAGAAAUCGAACGUCGACGUAGAUAAAGAAAUAGCUGAAGAGAAUUUCGAGGAAAAUUUAGAAGAGAAUGAACAGGCUGUCCGAUUAAUGGAUAACCAGAUUGACUUGAAAUUUAAAAACUCGAACGUCGACGUAGAUUUUUAGCCUAUGUAAACAGCGCAGUCCAGCAUUGUCUGUCAACAUAGGACUAAAAAAAUUCCGUGUUUAUUUAAAUCAAUGGGAUAAAACAAGCUUAACUUGGUCAGGAUAUUAAAAAACUUAUCUAGGCAACGAAAGGAGACCAAUGUGGAAAGGUUUGAUUGUCUUGCCAUUUAUCAUGAAGAGGAUGACAUAUUUCACACAGUGGUAAUACGUUCUUAGUAAUUGAAGAAGCGAUGUAUGUGUUUGGAAGGUUAACGGGGCUAAAAGAAAAGAAACAUGUUCUUGUAACUAGGCGAGUUUAACGGCGUGCGAAUUAUUCUGUAUGGCAAAGCAACAAGUAUUGCUUACCAUUGUCUAUAUAAGUAAAGAGUUGUACUUUGUUAGAUUAAAGACUUUUUCAAAUCCCCCAAAAGUAUAAUUUCAAAACUUGAUUUCAUAAAGUAAUCCUUCAGGUAAAGAAGAUCGGACGAAAGCUGCUCAUUCAGGAAAAGAGACACCUGGUCGAUGUGCAGUAUGCCCGAGAUCUGUUAAUUUUCUUCCCAAAUGGACAUAUUUAUACAUUUUUUUCUACUUACACUGUACUUCUCCAUUGUUACCAUGACGAAGGGUGAUAGGUAAACAUGUCCAACAGGGUCAUUUUUGAAAAAUAAAAUAAAAAUUAUUUUGCAAACGGAA